GAGUAAAUGUACUUAUUGGCAUUGCACUACUGUAUAUUCUCCAUUAAAUCCUCUAUCUAUCCCUCAAAGCUCUUUUCUCUUCUAGCUUUGGAGAGAAACCUUUCCUCAAAUCAGGAAGAAGAUUUCCGGAAUAACUUGGAAUUAAAUUGGACUAACAAUGAGCUAAAAUAAUGUGUCUCUGUCAUCCUUGUCUCAGAGAGGAGUUGGAGGGCUUUGUUUCCAGCGGAGCACUGAGCCAUCUGAAGGUGUGUUUCUCCAGAGAUGAUCCGGAGGAAGAGGAAGAGGAGGAAGAGGGCUUCACCUCCACAGCACCGCCCAGAUACGUGCAGCACAACCUGCUGAGAAACAGAAAACACGUCACUGACAUCCUGCUCAAACAGAAGGGCUUCCUCUAUGUCUGCGGAGAUGCUAAGAACAUGGCUAAAGACGUGAACGACGCGCUGCUGGAGGCGAUCAGAGCGGAGCUGCAGGUGGAUCAGCUGGACGCCAUGAAGACUGUGGCCCUUCUGAGGGAGGAGAAACGCUACCUGCAGGACAUCUGGGGCUGAGCACAGAUAAGCACAUUUAGCUGCAGCCACUGGUCCUUUUAACACCUUUUGGAAGAGAAAAAAAGAAGCAUGCUCAGCUGUAACCUUUAUAACCGUAAAAUCGUGGAUGCUGGAGGUAGUUUACACCCCCACGGCCGAGCCUGGGGUUUUGGUUCACUGCAUCAUCGGGGGCUUUGCUGUUUGAACAGAAAGGAUUCUGGGUCACAGCAAUACUGCAGCAGAUUGGUCCUGCAGUGUGAAAAUGCUUUUAGUGCAGACGCCUCUGUUCAUCGUGUCUGGGGAAAACAUUUCACUUUGUGAUGAGACUGGCAGCGCUCCGACCUCGAUAAAAAAAAAACACAAUACCCUGAAGUCAUCCAGCAACACACAGGAAAGCCUUGAUAGUCCAUCAGGAAGUGGUUUUAUUUUUCUGCAACACACUUCCACAGGUUACCUCUGAAGUGAUUCAUUUUAAAGAACACAUAAAUCAUAAUUUGAAAAUUGUAUCUCAAUCCCAAAGUUGGUUGGAUUGGUUUUUGAGGUAAUUAAGACAGAUUUUAAUCCUACAAAAAGUCAUUUAUCAUUAUACUGUAAAUCUCAAUGACGCUGCGCUGCUCGGACCAGAGGGAUCUAUAACACAGACUCUUUCGUCCCCCACUCACCCGGGAGUUUUUCCAACUCCUGCGAAACCCAAUUUGCAUCCAGAGAACUGUCAUCACAACAAACACAGCUGUGCCUUGUGUGAUCGGGAAUUAAAAAGAUUAAAUGAUUGCGUCUA